AUGGCAGAAAUCAUGAACUCUAUUGAUCUCUCCUCUUUUCAUAAGAAUGUCAUUUUAUCAUUCGAACGAGGAGGAAUGGUUUCUAGGUUUGUGGACGGUAAAUGGAGGUUCUAUGAUGACAUACAAAGUGCCGAAAGAUUUAUUAAAGAAUACAAAACUUACAUCACAAAUAAUGUAUUUAUCAGAAAGGAGUUAAUGGUCAAAUUAACUGCACCAAACAACACCAAAGAAAAGGUGUCCAUAAUGGAAACGUCAUCAUGUACCGACUAUCGACCAGAUGAUCACUCGAAGUUAUCUUAUGUCAAUUACUUUCUGUCUGGGAUUACAGCUGAUAAUGUCUGUACUGUCGCUCAUUUAAACAUGCUUAGUUCACUGUCUGAAAUGCUGUACUGUAAUGUAAUUAACAUGGAUGAUGAAUAUCAAAGAUACAAAUCACUGCAACCAAAUGAAACUACUAUUAAUUAUCAUGGUUUGAAUUUGUCUUUGGAGGUCUCAGAAGAAGAGUUGUUGGAAAUCGAAAGAUAUGAAAAUUAA